GGCCGCCUCUCGCCCCGCGGGGAUUGGAUGCCGGCGUCAGGCCGGCGCGCCGUGCGUCGCCUGUUUUGUAACUGGGGCGGGGGGAGCGGCGGCCAUGAGGGGAAGGCGGGCGGGGCUGCGGGGCGCCGGCCGUUACGUGAGGGGCAGCGCGGCGGGAAUCGUGGGCACAGCGGAGCCCGUGGCUCUGUGCUUACGGGGAGGAGGGGGGCAUGGAGUUGAGCUGGGAAGGGCCCGUCCAGCCUGCCCCCGUCGGGAGCCGUGUCCUUGCACUCAGAACGUUCCUUCUGUCUGUUUUUCCCGUUGCGCUGCUGUCUUGUGUGUGUCCCGCGAGCAGAGUUCUUCAGAUGACCAGAAUGCAUUCCCAGUGGGACUGGCUGUGUUUGGGUCUCCUGAUAAUUAGCUCAGUAACUGCAGAAAUUGAAGAUGGAGAAAUUCUGGGUGCGGAUGUUGAAGUGGAGGACUUUGACCAAGAGUCUCAACAAGCUGAUAUUGACAAAGAAGAAUCUUCCUUAGGGGUGACGUACCAGACUCCUAAGCCUACUGGAGAUGUUUAUUUUGCAGAAACCUUUGAUGGAGGAUUGAGCGGCUGGGUGUUGUCUAAAGCCAAGAAAGAAGACACAGAUGACAACAUUGCUAAAUACGAUGGAAGAUGGGAAGUAGAAGAGCUGAAAGAAAACACGGUACCUGGAGACAAAGGAUUGGUGUUAAAAUCAGCUGCAAAGCAUCAUGCAAUAUCAUCUAUGCUAACAAAGGCAUUUAUUUUUGAUAAAAAGCCUUUGAUUGUUCAAUAUGAAGUGAAUUUUCAAGGAGGCAUUGACUGUGGUGGUGCAUAUAUUAAACUUCUCUCCAGUACGGAUGACUUGGAUUUGGAAUUAUUCUUUGACAAAACACCUUAUACUAUUAUGUUUGGACCAGAUAAAUGUGGGGAAGAUUACAAACUACACUUCAUCAUCAGGCAUAAGAAUCCUAAAACUGGAGAAUAUGAUGAAAAACAUGCAAAACGUCCUGAUGUGGACCUAAAGAAAUUCUAUUUGGACAAGAAGACACAUCUGUACACUCUUGUGCUAAAACCAGAUGAUACGUUUGAAAUGUUUAUCGACCAAUCAGUCAUCAGUAAGGGAAGUCUUCUUGAGGAUAUGGUUCCUCCAGUAAACCCUCCUAAAGAAAUAGAUGAUCCUGCUGAUAAGAAACCUGACGAUUGGGAUGAGAGACAAAAAAUACGUGAUCCCAACGCUGUCAAACCAGAUGACUGGGAUGAAGAUGAGCCUUCCAAAAUAGAAGAUCUUGAUGCUGUUAAGCCUGAAGGAUGGCUUGAUUAUGAACCACAGUAUGUUCCAGACCCCAGAGCAAAAAAGCCAAAGGACUGGGAUGAAGAAAUGGAUGGGGAGUGGGAAGCCCCUCAGGUCCCCAAUCCGAAGUGUGCCACUGCACCUGGUUGUGGACUGUGGGUGCGUCCCAUGAAGAACAACCCCAAGUAUAAAGGGAAAUGGAAAGCACCUAUGAUAGUUAAUCCUAAUUAUCAGGGAAUCUGGAGCCCUCGAAAAAUACCUAACCCAGACUAUUUUGAAGAUCCUCACCCGUUUGAGAUGACACCUAUCAGUGCUGUUGGUUUAGAACUCUGGUCUAUGACAUCUGAUAUCUACUUUGAUAACUUCAUAAUAUGUUCAGAAAAAGAAGUAGCCGAUCGUUGGGCAGCAGAUGGUUGGGGCUUGAAGAAAUUAGUAGCAAGUGCUAAUGAGCCCGGAAUGUUUAGUCAACUGGUGACUGCUGCGGAAGACCAUCCAUGGCUCUGGGUUCUUUAUAUCUUGACUCUAGCUCUGCCUGUUGGUCUAUGUGUGUUGUUCUGCUGGCCAGCAAAGAAAACAGAUGAAGAUUUUGACUUAAAAAAACCAGAUAUAUCUGUGCCAUUUACAAAGGGAGAAGUAAAACAAGGAAGAGGAGAGUUAGAAGAUGAUGAAAUAGAUUUAGAAGAUAAAGAAAACGAAGAUAUUGGUGAAGAUGAUAAUCGUAUGAAAACAGAAGACUCUGCUCCAGAGAGAAGAGAACUGGAGGAGACAGAGUUUAUAGAGGAUACAAAUAAGAUGGGGAGGGAGGCUCCACCUUCAGAAGAUGAGAGUAAAUAUGGGGAAGAUAUUGAUGAUGAAGAAAACGAAGUUGCAGGUGGAAGUCAGGAAGAAGGCGAUAAGUCAAAUAAAUCUGGCUCAGAAGAUGAGAUGACAGUAGCUGAUGAAACUGCAGGCUCUGGGGAUGGUCCGCUGAAGUCAGUGCGCAAAAGAAGAGUACAAAAGGACUGAGUUCUUUGCAGCUAGUAUUUCUAGCUGUAAACAGUACUAACUUAUGACAUGCCACUGGAACGGGCCUGACAGCAUGCAGGUUCCUGAGAUGUGAAGGGAAAAACGGGACUCGUUGCUACUUAUUCUCUCUCGAAUCUCUUAACCUCUUUUAACCUUCCCAACAUUCCUUGAUGCCCUUUUUUUUUUUAACAAGAAAUACUAUCUGUGAGGAGUUACCUAAUGUUUCACACUUAGAAUAAAAGUGAAGCUGCGAGUUGGCCAACUGAUUUCACAAAGCAGUUUCUUAAGAUUUGAAGAUUCUUAGAAACCAAUAUGAGUUAGAGAUGAAAAAUGUUACUUUGAAUAUUUUUAAGAACAUGAAUAAAUAUUUUUGCAGCUCUAGCACAAAAUCAGCUGUUUACACAUUUGAACUAAAAGAGUUGCAGUAUAGGUGAAGCAUAUACAGUUCUCGUUGUUGAGAGAAAAGGUAUUUUUUUCUGUGCAGAGCUAAAUGCAAUAAUUGUUUUUGUAUGAUCAUUUAGUGCUAGCGACAAUUUUUCUUGUAAAUUAUUUCUUUUAGUUGAUACUGUUACAGACUGGUCACCUGUUCGCUUUAAACAUGGGUUAUAGUAAUUAUUUUUAAGAGAUAGUUUAAAAUGAAAUACUCAGAGAAGUGGUUAACUGACGUGACUUAUUUUGCUUUUGAAUGCAGAUAUCAAAUCUACAGAAGUGAUAUAUUGAUUUUUUCAAGCUUUUAUAGCUCUCGUGUUCCGAGCCAAAACGGCAUAGAUUUUGUUUAUAGAAUAUUUGCUGAGUGUACAAUGUGUAUUAAAAAUAUUUAAUAAUUAUUGUUUAACAUGAGAUUGAUUAAUAUAGAUAAGAAUUUUUGAUGGAUUUUUUUUUUUACAGAUGUGAGUACCUGGGCUUUCUUUUAAUAUAGUUUAAAUAAACUGCAUAUCGUAAGAGAAACUGCUGAAGUUCAACUGUGUAUCAAAACAAACCAACAAAACUGCAGCUUUUGGAAUCCUGCUCCUGCUUGGCAGCUGCCUUGAAUAUGAGUGAGUUGUAAACUGCUAGGAAAAGCAAGGCAUAGGCUAAAACCAUUUAGAAGUUUGUUAAUUCAUAAAGAACUUUUUGCCAAGGAAAUCUGUUAGUUUACUUAUAAACACUUUUAAGUCUACGAAGAUUUUGUUGUUUUCCUUGGUCUGCUAUUACUUAAUAGGAAGUUGGUAACAAUUUUUAGCUGACUCUUCUGAAGAAGCCAGUCUGCACAGGUAUUUAUAUUGAAGUCAAAGAGUACUGCAUUCUGUUCUGUGUGGAGAAAUACAGGGAGAGGCCACAGUGAGAAAUGUUAAGUGCAACCAUUUGAUCCCCUUUAGGGUCCGUGAGCUAAUAAGUAAUGACUCCUGAUUUCCCCCUUUACCCCGAGACUUUGCAAUAACAGAUAGCUGUUACCAAUGAGGUGUUCUGCAAACAACAGAAGGAACCUGGGCAAUGGGAUGAGUUUGGAUUGCUGAUCACUGUAGCUUUUUGGGAGCAUUUCAGUGCUGUGACUGAAUCCCAUCUGAGUCUAGUAAAAGUCCUUUGGAAUUGUUACAGUGUUUAAGUGUGGGCUUUUGAGUUGAUUAUGUAUUUAUUUGGUAGAUCAGCACACGUUCAUUGGCAAUGGUAGAGUUAUUUAAGGGAUCAGUCAGCUUUACAGUGGAUGCUAACCUUUAUUUCUUUAGGGUUUCCUUAAGGUCUUGAUUUAUGCACCAUCAGCAUCUUUGCUUGCACCUCACUUUGUAAUAAACAACUCCUUAUUUACCAGGUAGAAUUGCCUGAAGAGGCCAUAGCUCAGGUGCUGUAUGCAAUGGUACUAACUUUGUAAGACCAGUCUCACUUUUCAUACUGACUUAAUGACUAUCAUUACCUGGAACCUGCAGAUAAAAACAUCAGUUUAUUGGAUUUAGUCUGCUAGGAAUUAGGGGAGAAAGAUGAGAGCUUAGAGGAUUUGAGGCUCUAGAUGAGGGAAAAAAAAAUGAGGCAAAAAGGGAACCCUGCUGUUGAUACUUCUAACAUUGUGAUUUCCUUCUGUAGCUCCUCUGUGUAGCUGAUUUGUGUAUGAAUGUUCUGGUGAGGCUAGGCAGGACCAGAGGGGGUCGUGGAAGGGUGUGAUCUCACAAUUUCCUCCUCCAUUGGCUUCCAUGAUAAUAAAGGUAGGACAAAAUAAGAAUUCUGGUUUCUGUCUAAUGUAGAGCUAGGUACGUGUGUAGAUGAAGGUAACAUCAUCCAUCUCUUAAAAUCAACCCAUGUGGAGAUUGGCAGGACUUAGCAUUGAGAACACAGGAUGCAGUCUGCCAAGUCUGUCUUAUUUCUUGUAGCUUACACAGAAGAGUAUGCUAAGAUUCACAGGUGAAAAUACCACGUGAGUCAGUCUCAGAGCUUACUGAAAACAGUAAUUAACCCACUUCUAAUCCCAACACUUGAUAAUUACAUCCAGUCUUUCAGACACUUAACUAUGUAGAAGCAGUAAAGACAAUAGCAAUCCAUUUUAGGCUUUAUAGAUGUUAAACCAAACUGAGACAAAUCAGAAGUUUUUAUUUAGUGUAAAGUCAGAAAUACAACAUCUUUAAAAUGCUCAUAAGUUAAAUGAAGGCCGCAGUAAUGGGAUGAAAAAUGGUAUAUAGAUUAAGUGACUACUAUAUGCAGAGUGAUGGAUAAAAUAUCACUAUCCAAUCUUACAAUACACAACCAUGAUUUUGAGAUUACUAGAUCUCAGAACUGCUCAAGUCUAUUAAGUGCAUGCUGUGUUACUACUUGGUGUUUGUGGAUGUCUCCCACAGUGUGGGUGGAGAUGUGCAGUGACAUGGCCUGAAAGCUAGAAUGGCUGUAGUGCAGUUUUUAGAAGUCAGAUGCUUGGUGAGGUGUGUGUCUUCCCGCUAGACAUUUCUGCAUGUAUUCAAAAUCUCAGACAGCAAUGUGACAAAGCAAUCCAGAGAUGUUUAAUAGUAACGCUAGCUGCUCAUAGGACCCUAUGACACAAACAGUAUCAGCCACGUGUGCCUUGGUGGGUGAGACUUUUGGUCAUCUCCUUUCUUGACACAGACUUUGUAAACAACCUUCAAGCCACAAAAUAUUAGUGCUUUGUUUUUAGUCAUUUUAACUCUGCUGAGGUUCCAGUGAGUGCUUUACAGUCAUUUUAAAUAGAGAGAAAUGGGAGAUCUCACAAUAACAGCUUACAGAUGAGGAAUAGCAGUGCUUAGCUGCCAAGGACCUUGUGUUUUGAGAUGGAUUUAUUCUGCCAUGACAUCCACUCAUUCAUUUCCUCCAGCUUUACUUUACACAAUCUAUCACAGCAAAACAGAAAGAGAAGCUUACACUAAUAGUUCCCUUUUGUUAAAAGGUAAAGUAAAAUGACUUCAUUACUAAAGAGACAGAUCUCAGUUUUAGGUGACAUCCAUGAGAAAUCCAUGCUGCUAUAUGGCAAGGUGAAAAGACCUAAUGGUACCAAGCUAAAAUUAACAGUGCUGUUUGUAUUUCAGCUCCUGCUCUUCUCUAAUACCGAUUAUGCUAGAUGUAGCCUUUCUAGGGGAAGUGCUGGCACCCAGAAUCUGGGCUGAGUUCCUUCUAACAAAGCCAAUCCAGUAAACUAAAA